AUGAAUGCGCUGAGGGUUCUGGAGCUGCUGGUGGUGCUGGAGCUGGUGGAGGUGCUGGAGCUGCUGGUGCUGGUGGCACAGCACAGCCGCGCUUGUUCCUUGCUUCACCGUCUCCGUCGUCUCAGCCACCGUCUGACUCUGCGCAUCGCCAGGUUCUUAUUCUCCCUUCGUCUACUGCCGGCUGUCACCGACACCCACCUCUUACUUUGUCGUCCUUCCUCUCCUCCGCAGCAUGUUCCCCUGCCGUCCCCUCCUACAUCUUCUCUGCCUACGGUUCCUGAGCCUGAGUCUGACCGCACCCGUGCUCCUCACCCUAUUGUCACGCGUCUGCUAGCCACAGUUGUCACUGACCCGUCGUUUGAGUCUGCUGCUGCGUCUGCCUUAGUCACUGAGCUUAUUGACUUUGCUGCUGCAUGUCGUCUCGACUACGUCGCUAGUCUUGUAGCUCAGUCUGAGUCUGUCUGUCCUCUGUCCAUCGGAGGUGAGUGUGCUCUUGGCACAGACGUCCUUGAGGACAGGCAGGAGGACCUUGAGUGUCUUGCAGCCGCUGCGCCUCAUCUCGUGUCCAUGCUGCUUGUCCCUGAGGGAGACCCGGAUGCACCAGACACACCAACCCCGCGCUCUUACGCGGAGGCGAUCGCGGAUGAGUACUCCUCUCAGAGGCAAACAGCCAUGGACGCAGAGAUGGCAUCCUGGAAGUCCACAGGCACUUACGUCGACGAGGUUUCCCCUCCUGGGGCGAACAUCGUCAGUGGCAUGUGGAUUUUCAGGGUGAAGCGUGUCAGAAUCCCAGUCACUAGACCACUGGGAUAA